AUGCACCCGACCCCUAUGGUGCCUCCUGUGGGUGGUGGGCCUCCAGGAAGAUGGGUCCAUGUCCCUUUGGUGGCCGGGCUCCAUGGACUAAUGACCGGCCACCAGACGCUCGCCCUUAGGCACACUCCCCGGGCCUGGCUCCAGGGUGUCACACUGUGGGAUGAUACAAAUCUGCAAGACAUGAUAAAAGAGAGUGAGCAACCUAGCACUGACUUCAAAGUCACAACAUCUGAUUCUACAGACUCCAAGUCCACUCUCCUGGAUGUUGAUGCUUCUCUGAAAGCCAGUGUCCUGUGUGGACUAGUUGAAGUUGGAGGAUCAGCCAAAUAUCUAAAUGAUAAGAAGAAAUCUCACAAACAGAGCCGAGUCACGCUUCAGUACAAAGUUACCACCAAAUUUAAACAGCUGACACUGACUCCUCAGAGAGUCAAGAAUACUCAACAAGUAGAUGGCCUGAAGCAUUUGUCAACACAUGUAGUCACAGGAAUCCUUUAUGGAGCAAAUGCUUUCUUUGUGUUUGACAGUGAGAAGUUAGAUGGUAGCAGCAUUCAGGACAUCCAGGGAACCAUGAAAGCGGUGAUAGAGAAGAUCCCCUCAAUUAAUGUUCCUGGAAACUUUUACAUCAAGUUGAGUAAAGAAGAAAAAGCUGUGACUGAUAAAUUCACCUGCAAAUUCUAUGGAGACUUCAUUCUUGAAAGCAACCCUGUAACAUUUGAAGAUGCAAUAAAUACAUACAUCCAACUUCCAAAACUACUGGGAAAAAAUAAAGAAAAUGGUGUUCCACUGAAGGUCACACUAAUGCCACUGGAGAACUUACAUCCAGAAGCUACUGGGAUGAUGACAGAGAUCAGUAUUGAACAUAGCCUUAGAAAGGCUCAAGAUGCUCUGAAGGACCUCCAAAAUCUGGAUGUAAGAUGCAAUGAUCUGCUGGAGGACAGAGUGGUGAAAAGCUUUCCACAGAUAAAAGAAAAGUUGAGCAGAUUCAAGAAGCUCUGUGAGUAUUACACAUCUUCACUCCAGAAAACAAUGGCUGAGAAACUUCCCUCCAUUAGGGCAGCUGAGGAAGAUCAGCAGGAAUUAGUGAAACUCUUUGAUGCCAGAGAUGAGUCACCGUUCAGUCAGCAGAAAUUAACCAAGUGGAUCAAAGAUGAAGAAAGAGAGGUUACCAUCAUCAGUCACCUUGUGCACAUCAUGGAGGGAAAAAAGAUCAUCUCAGACCAGUCUGAGCUGGACAGAGAGGUGUUUAAUCCAGGAGCAGAAGAAGUUUUCUGCUUUGUUUUCACCUCCCUGAAAUCCACUGACCCAUAUUUGCAAAACAUGUCUGACUUCUUGGAUAAAAAGAAGUUAGAACAAAGUAUCAUUCCACCUACCCAGGACCAAUGGUACUUCUCAGAUGAAGUUGUAGCCAAAAUGAAAGAAAAGGCAGAAGCUGUGAAGAACUCCAUCAGACUGUUUAUAACGGCCAUUUCAAAUGACAAAUACAAAGGAGCAACUAUCUACCACUACAGGAACACAGUCCUAGUCACUGAUGAUUUCUCAGGGCCAGAUGUCACUGAUUUGGAAAAUAGAAUGGAUAGAAGAGAUCUGAUGUCAUCACCGGGCCCUGACAUGGUUCACCCCUACUGGCUCAAGAAGCUGACUGCACUCCACGAGUAUCUGGAAGCACAGAUGAACCAGAUGCUAGUUGAUGAGAGACCCCACAAUGGCAAACCGAAGGCCAGACAGUCCUGA